GUUCCUUCCUCUCUGGCUGCUGUUCCUCGUCCCCAUCCUCAGCCCCAUCAUCUUCCCUGUCCUUGUCCUCCUCAUCCAUGGCCGUAUGGGCUCAAGCUAUGUUGACUCAGCCUCUGGUAGGAAUUGUGGCCUCGCGGAUGUGUAUUGCCUUGCUGCGCCCGAGCUCCACGCCAAUUCUGCAAAGAAGAACGCGAAGCAGAAAGAGUGCGCCUCGGGCUGCCCUUGCUGCCGCGCUGCUUGCCGCCUCCUCCCUGUGCUGGCUCGCGUCGCUCUCACGGACCAGCCUGCGAGUGUCGGCCUCGCCGAGUUUCUGUGGCGGCUACCGGGCCAGCGAACGCAGGCACGGCUGCGGGUACGGAGUGCUGAGAUGGGCGGAGGGGUCGGCGGAGGACUGGCGCGAGUUCCGCGCCAGGCUGGUGCAGCAGGAGCAAGGCGAGGCAGGCGGCACUGCGAACGAGUCAGCGCCCGGCACGGAUGCUUCUCAGGGGUGGGCGCAUGUGACUCCAUUGAUCGAGCAGGGGUCGGUGUUGCUCUCUUCACCAGGAGACCAUUUCGCGAUCAACCAGCAGUAUUUUCAUAAGGCUGUCAUCCUGAUCACUGAGCACAACGACCAAGGCGACAUUGGCCUGAUCUUGAAUCGGCCCACAGCUUUCAGGGCCGCUGAUUGCUGUCCUAGCAUUGCGGAAAUUGCCCGCAACAGCAAUCAAGAGUGGAACGUAUGGUUCGGUGGUGAUUGUGAAGGUCUCAACCCGGGUGCGGUCAACACUCAGGUCCCAUUCUGUUUACACACCAGCGAGCAGUUGGCAGAGGUGAGCCAAGAGAUAAUCAAAGGGGUGUAUUUGAUCCCCUUUCAAGAGGCCCAGGAUGUGGUGGAGGCUGGCACGGCAGAGGUCGACGAUUUCCUGCUGCUUGUGGGCUACUGCGGCUGGGGCAGGGGCCAGAUGCAAUCCGAGCUGGACCGCGGGGACACCUGGACCAUGGCGGCGGCGGACCAGCGGGCGCUCCUGGGUGAGCUGCGGGGCGCGCAGGUGGCGCUCUCCGCCCGGCUGCGGGCCGCCGUGGAGGAGAGGCGGAGCGCGGGGAGCUCGGUGCCGCUGGGCGCCGGGGACCU